CAACGAUGUCCACAGAGCUCACCUCGUACCAAAAGGAUCUUCUGCAGCACGCAGAAGACGUCGGCGCCCUCAAGUUCGGCACGUUCACGCUCAAAUCAGGCCGCAUCUCCCCGUACUUCAUCAACGCCGGCCUCCUCAGCACCGGCCCCAUCCUCUCCUCCGUCGCGACCGCCUACGCCGCCUCCGUCUCCUCCCUCCCCGCCUUCGACGUCCUCUUCGGGCCCGCCUACAAGGGCAUCUCCUUCGCAGCGUGCACCGCGCUCGUGCUCGCCGCGCCGCCCUUCGCGCGCGCCGUCGGGUUCGCGUACGACCGCAAAGAGGCCAAGGCGCACGGCGAGGGCGGGAGCCUCGUCGGCGUGCCCGUUAGAGGGAAGCGCGUCGUUGUGCUCGACGAUGUUAUGACGGCGGGCACGGCGGUGCGUCUUGCGAUCGAGAAGAUACGCGCGGAGGGCGGCGAGGUCGUGGGUGUGCUGCAGCUGCUGGACCGCGAGGAGGUCGGUGCGGAGGACGCCGAGGGGAGCAGCACGCUAAGGGAGGUGGAGAGGCUCGUGGGCGGAGAGGGGCGCGUGCAGAGUGUGCUCAAGAUGCGCGAUCUGAUCGCGUGGGUGAGGGAGAAGGGCGGGCGCGAGGAGCAGCUAGAGCAGAUGGAGGCGUAUCGUGAGCGGUACGGCCGGAAGGACUGAAGGGCAGCAUGUGCGAUACCAUAGCAUUCGUUGGAGACGUGAACAAGAAACGUUGUAUUUAUUAAGACAUUCCCAAGAAAAACAUAACACACCCUCGCGUCGGAUGCCCACCCCGCACCUCUCGAAACCCUUACCCCCUCCCCAGACGCUGCCCAGAGCCCCACCGAUACCCGGCCCCCUGCUGCUGCUGCUGCCUAUCCCUCGGCGCAUACGCCCUAUACGCCCUAUCCCCGCCCCCGCUACCCGCCCUCACGCCUCCCCGCUCCCCAAACCACUCCCUCAGCCACCUCGGUGCGCGCCCCCACCCCGCAUACGCGCCCGUCUCCGCCGCACCUGCGCCCGUGCCCGACCCCCAGACGAGCCACCACCACAGGUGCCCGACGAGCAUGCCCGAGACGGCCUGCGCCGCGGCGCUAGUGCCGCCCAUGAGCAGGUCCAUCGCGAGGAGCGCGUACGGGUAGUAUGCGAGGGGAAUCGUGACGAGGCCCAUGACGGACGCUUGGGCGCCGGGCGGGGCGAGUGCGGAUUGGAGGUAGACGAGGGAGUGCAGGAAGGCGCGGUUGUGCAGGAGGGAGCGGAGGGGGAGGUUGGAUGCGAGGAUUCCGAGGGCGGCGAAGAACGCCUGCCAGGCGAAAUCUGCUGAGCGGCCUUGGUAGUACUGGCUUUCGAUGCCUUCGGUGGUGCGGAAGAGCAUGAAAAACUCGAAAAUGUAAUCCAGCCGCGCAGGUCCAAGGAAGAAACUCGUGUACGCCCUCCACACCUCAAACCGCUGAGAAACCUGGCUAGCCACAAAAACGAGGUUGUACGGCGAGAUGACGCCCAGCGCGGAUGCACCAGUGAUGGCGAGAGACGACCCCGCGAUGAACCGUGUCACCGGCGGGAUCUUUUUUAGUUCUGCUGCUAUUCCUUCGGACAUCGUGCCGUAUA